AUGCUUCGAAGGGCCUGUCGAGCACAAGAUCAAGCUCCAGCCCGAAGCGACUCUUCCCCGGCCAAGAAAGAGUCGCUUCGGUGCCUCCCUCUAGGACAACUCGCCGAGAUCGACCGCCAAGUUUCAGAAUUAGCUCGAUAGGAAAAAAUAUCACAGCUUCUGCUUCACCGUGAACUAUCGCAAAACCAUCGACUUGACACGCGGAAGCCGUUACUUCACCUCGUUCGACCUGUUUCAUGCCGAUGAAGACUUUGGAAGUCGAAGAUCUUGCGCCUCUUGUCGAAAUCGACCUCGACAAAACGCCGAAAAUCGCCGAGAAGCAGUGAAGAUUCUUCAAAAGAGUGCCGAAGACGACAAGAAAGCCAGCAACGCCAGGAAGCGCUACACCCUCGAAAAUGGUCUUCUCUGGGAGCGGAGAAGUCCCCAAGAAGGAUUCCGCAGCCGUUCUCCACGUCCCGUCGCCGUUUCAGCUAGACGAACCUCCAAAAAGACGUCAAUUCUUCGUGAGUCAUUGCAUUCUCUGCCAAAAGAAAAACAAACCCUCACGAGACGACAGUCGAGCCCGCAGAGAAACUUCCAGUCACUUCUUCGCCAUUUGCCAAUCACGAUCAACGAGAAUCGCUACGUCUUGACCAUCGUCGACGCUUUCUCGAAAUGGACCAUCGCCGUGCCCCUUCCGAAACAAGAUUCUGCCGCCAUCAACCGCGCCUUCACAGAAAAUCUUGUCCUGAAGCACGGGCCGCCUUCGAUGAUCAUCUCCGACAAUGGAACGCAGUUUGUGUCGAAUUCCUUCAAAAAUCUUCUGAAAAAGUGGAAGAUCCAACACCAGACGACAGCUCCAUACCACAAAACUUCCAACGGACAAGUGGAACGAGUUCAUCGUAACCUCGAGGAAGCUUUAGCUUCUUUUGUGAACAAUUUCCAAUCAGAUUGGGAUAGCUACCUGCAAGCAGUUGUCUUUGCUUUGAACACCCUACCAGGAGCUUCCACAAAACUUGCGCCGUUCCACGUCCUUUUUGGUCGUGAGCCUCGUCUGCCAGAAGACUCAACUUGGAACACGAACGUUGGACUUUCUUUCAUCGACAAAGAAGACUACGUUGAAUAUCUACAACUUCAACUAAAGGAAGCCUGGAGUUUCGUCAAAGAAAAACUCCAAGAAACAGCGGAGAAACACGCCAAGAGGUUCGACAACGCAAACAGAACAGCGCCAAGGAAGAUCGUCGCCGGCUCAACAAUUCUCGUCAAGAGAGCUUUACCGAAAAACAAGCUUUCUCCAUUUUUGUUUGGCCCUUUCACCGUUGUAAAAGUCAAUGGUUCGAAUGUAGAGUACCUGGACCAUGGGAAAACAUUCGUGGCUCACAAAAAUGACGUUCGCCAGCUGAAAUCGAAGCCGCCUACGCCAGAAGAAAUCAUCGACGAGGACGUCGAAGAAGAAGAAGAAGAAGAAGAAGAACCUGAAAAAGAAAAUAUAUUAGAAGAAGCCGAAAACCAACCGAACACAGCUUCACCGUUGUCGUUGCCGCAGUCUUCAACCACGAAUCCAGCCGCCAAAAAGCCGCCGAUUCGGAAGACUCGCAGCUCGACGGCCAAGCGACAGUCGCCGAAUUUUUCCGCUUCUCCCUCGCCGCCGUCGCCCGUAUCUACAAAGGACCGCACCGCCAGUUCGACACUCCAGUCGACUAGCAGUCCGGCCAGCAGUCGCCAAUCGUCGCCAGCCAGCCGCCCUCCAGCCCGUUCGACUACACGCCGAGCAGCAGCUCAGCCAUCAACUACAAAGCCGAGAACCCGCCGAGGAGCAGCCACGCCGACGCCGCAGAGGUCGACUACUCGUGAUGCCGGACGUCAUCGUGGACCAAGCAUUGAGAAGAGUGCGAAUCCAGCCGCCAUCGAUGAAGACCGCCUUCGAAGAGCCACCCCGGAGGAUGACGAUCCUUGCAGCUCGAAGUGGAGCCGUCUUCGUCCAUCGCGAUUUGGACGACUAUAGUCUCUAA